GCCUACCUUAACUUUUCCUUUCUACUCUGAUCUCGGUGUCUAUGACUAUACUUCUUAGCCUCCAAGACUAUUCUUUCCAUCUCUGGCUAGAUUCAUUCUGUCCGCCUCAAUACGGCUUGUGACUCUCACCAAAGGCCUGCGAAUCAGAAAUCGAAUUUCACGCAAUUUCAGUGAUACGGCCAAGCGUUGGCGCUUUUUCUACACGGAAAACGAUAAUUCGUAUUGAAAUUUACCUCUGCUGCGCACCUAGGACUGAAACGAAAGUUCAGAGGCUGGGACUGACAUGCAUCCGCAUCGUAAUACUCUAUUUACAGUGAAUCCAAUAACCUUUAUACUUUUUCUCGUUGGUUGCAUUCUAGUAACAACCAUGACGAAGAGAGUGGUGAUGAACUUGGGAAGAUAAGGAUAUGCUUUUUGGCCGCUCGCUGCGGAUACACCCAUAGUGCGGGAGGAGGAAAGCAUAUCGAAUCACCAGACGCCCACAAGUAGCCUUAAAAACUCGAACUUGGUUCGCUUCAAAUCAUACACCCGACCACCCACAUACUCGUCCUUGUCAAUCCAUGACCACUGCAUCUAACACGACCGUUGACUCUGACUCUGCCGGCGCUGCGUCCGCCAAUACUGCUUCAGACAAUGUGGCCUCUGAGCAGGCUGCCGUUGGCUUGUCUAACGCUCAGCUCUCGCAAGGCCGCCGAAAAAUGCUUGACUUGAUCAAUAGGUUGCUCAAUACAGGUGUUCAACUUGACAUCGAUAUACCUCGCAUUGCCGUUAUAGGUAAUCAAAGCUCAGGAAAGUCCUCCCUGAUCGAAGCGAUCUCUGGAACCACCCUUCCGCGAGCAUCUGGAACGUGUACAAGAUGUCCAACCGAAUGUCGUUUAAUGUACUCCUCCGAGCCUUGGAAAUGCGUCGUGUCACUUCGGAUACUCACCGACAGUAACGGGCAAGUUCUUGGACAAGCGAGAAACGAACCCUUCGGAGCUCCGAUUUACAACAAGGCCGAAGUUGAGGAGCGUGUUCGUAGGGCACAACUCGCGAUCUUGAACCCCAACAUUCCUCGUCAGGAGAUCUUGGAGGGAGACGGAUACGUGGACAACGUGAAAGGCAGUUCCUUCUCCGCCAACUGUGUUGCUUUGGAGAUCAGUGGUCCCAACGUUGCGGAUUUGGCUUUCUGUGAUCUUCCAGGUCUCAUACGAUCCACGAAUGAUGGGAAUUCUAGGGAUAUCGAGUUGAUUGAAGGAAUGGUGGAAUCCUACAUCCAAAAGCCUAGCUGCAUUAUCUUGUUGACGGUUUCGUGCGAGACCGAUUUCAUGAAUCAAGGUGCUCUACAUCUUGCCAAGAAGUUCGAUCCGAAAGGAGAACGCACAGUCGGGGUCUUGACAAAGCCAGACAGGAUUGAGACUGGCGACGAAAAUGACUGGCUUGGGUUCAUUCGUGGAGAGACUCAGCCGUUGCUCAAUGGCUGGUUCUGCGUCAAACAACCAAGCACAUCGGACCUGCUGAAGGGCAUAACGUGGACAGAGGCGAGAGUGAAGGAGAACGAUUUUUUCUCGACGACAGCUCCCUGGCGCGACUUGGAAUUGAUGCUGCAAAAGCACCUUCGAACUCCCAAUCUAGUUGGACGACUGAGCACGAUACUCUCUGAUUUGAUCGCGAAAAGGCUCCCAGAGAUACGCCGCGAAUUGGAUACCGCGAUUCAGAAUGCCAAGAAUGCCGUCCUAAAGCUUCCAAAAGCACCUUCAGCCGAUCCACUCAACGAAAUUUCCUCCAUGAUAUUCACCUUCAUGGCCGAUGUCAACCGGCAUGUAGAUGGUGUUCCGAAUCGCGGUGGUCUGCAUCAGACUAUCCGACCGUUUCAAGAGGCAUUCAGGUCGAAAAUCCGUAUGACGGCGCCCAACUUCAAACCAUACGAAUGUCGCGAUGGUCUACGCGCCAUGCCUCCACCGCCUUUCAUCAAACACGAGGAAGAGAAGAUUGAGGACAGCUUGGUUGGGAGUGAAUUUGAAGCGAUAUACCUCGAAGAGGUACUGCGCAGGGCGAAUGACUCGCGCACUCGGGAAUUACCAGGGAACCAUCCCUAUCUCGUUGAAGAGGCUUUUGUUUCCGAAAUCACCGCGCAGUGGGCCACCCCUACGCAAACUUUCUGCAGGGAAACAUACGAAGCGGUUCUCCGACAAGUCGUUGAUCUCGUCAAAAGCUAUUUCAGCGAGUUCGGUCAAGGUCAACUCGAGCGUCAGAUGAGCAAUAUCGUCCAGGAUCAUUUGCGCCAACGGUACGAACAGACGAGAGAUCGUCUUGAGUGGUUGGUCAAACUUGAAAAUCGACCAUGUACUUCGAACAUGCAUUACUUCGCUGACUAUCGGGACAAGUUCUUUGGGUUUUACAAGGGACUGCGUCAACAAGACAAGAACCCCGAGCUCUUUAAGGACUGCUUGAAGAACCCAAAACAGUCGAUUUAUCUACGAGAAGCACUGGCAUCUCUUACUUCCUUGGGAUUUGAUUCAGUCAAACAAUCUGAUCUUCAAAAAUUGUUGCCUGGGGAUGAGAUGGACCCCGCACUCAAGAUCAUGGCGGAAGUUAGGGCGUAUUUCCAAGUGGCUUACAAGCGAUUUGCGGACAAUGUACCCCUUGUCAUCGACUACGAACUGAUUCAAGGUCUGGAAAGAGAUUUGCUACCGACUUUGUUUGCAAAGUUGGGCAUUCACGGCGCCAAUGGUCCAGAGAUUUGUCGCGAGUUUGCGGAGGAAAAUUCCAUGAUUGCGGAUAAUCGAGAAGCGUUGUCAAAGAAGCUGGAGAGGUUGCAAGUUGCUAGCCAAGAGUUGACGAAACUCUAGUUACCAUUGUUAGAGACAUCUUGUUACUGUGUGUAGAACUGUCAGUAUGUGCUAUGAUUCUUGCCAAA